CAAAGAAGAAAAACCCUCAUGGGCUGCGAUUCGCCCUUUAUUGUGAACCCCAGACGUCAUACGCGCACGGCUAUAGAUGGAGCUCGGGAGCCCAGGCCAGCCCAGUGCGAGCCCACCCGAGCUCCGUGAUGGUGGUGGUGGCGGCGGCUGGUGGGGGGGGACGCUGUGUCUGCAUGGCUGAGGAUGUAUUACAGAGGCGGGCUGGUCUCCAUGUAACUAGAGAGCGUCUGUGAUCUACAAAGGGUGAAGGCAGAGAGGGAGGAAGAGGAGGUAGCUGUGUAUUUCCCAGCCGCGCUCUCCCCAAGAGGAGGCCGCCGGGAGCCCCUCUCUCAUCCCCCCGCCAUCUCCCUCCAGCGCAGCACGCUAAGGAAUGAUGAAAAAAAAUAAUUCUGCAAAAAGGGAUGGAAACCAGCAAUCUGUGCAGCCAGAGAAGGUCGGCUGGGUGCGGAAAUUUUGCGGGAAAGGCAUUUUUAGGGAAAUCUGGAAAAACCGUUAUGUGGUUUUGAAGGGAGAUCAGCUUUACAUCUCAGAGAAGGAGGUAAAAGAUGAAAAAAACAUACAGGAAAUGUUUGACCUGAGUGAUUAUGAGAAAUGCGAAGAGCUCAGGAAGUCCAAAAGCAGAAGCAAAAAGAACCACAGCAAAUUUACCCUCGCCCACUCCAGACAGCCUGGGAACACGGCACCAAAUCUGAUCUUCCUGGCUGUGAGUCCAGAAGAGAAAGAGUCCUGGAUUAAUGCCCUCAACUCUGCAAUCACACGUGCUAAAAACCGCAUCUUAGAUGAGGUUACUGUCGAAGAGGACAGCUACCUCGCCCACCCGACACGCGACAGAGCAAAAAUACAGCACUCCCGACGCCCUCCAACACGGGGACAUUUGAUGGCUGUGGCAUCUACCUCAACCUCUGAUGGCAUGCUGACACUCGACCUGAUCCAGGAGGAAGACGCCUCUCCAGAGGAUCACAGCACCUGCGAAGAGAGUUUCCGAGUGGAUCUGGAUAAGUCAGUGGCACAUCUUACUGCUGGCCGGCGCCGCUCGGAUUCAGAGAAUGUCAAGUCAUCAGAGAAAGGCCGGACAGGGAGCCUCCCGAGACGGGAGGUGACCUCAUGGGACAGAUCUGGGCAGCGCAAUGACUCCUUUGACAAAGGGACCAUGUACACCCCACAGGUCCCCAAAAAGCUCUCACAUUCAGAAAAGAAUAAAUGUGCCUCCAUGGAAGAAAUCCUGUCUCGACGGGACUCUUCUACGCACCGGGCGGUGCUGAGGAGGGGGCUGGAGGCUCAGUUUGCCUCGGCAGAACCAGAGCAGCUGUCCCGGAUACAAGAACUGGUUGCACUGAAACUGGAAAAAACUCAGGAACUGCUGACAGAGGUGAAGGGCUAUGGGGAAGGCAAGAGAAAGACCAAGGAUUCCAACACCAGCACCACCACCACCACCACCACCACCUCUUCUUCCUCAUCAUCUUCAAAGUCGGACUCUGAAAGGAUCCUGCAGGAAUCUGAGAGGUUGCUGGGGGAGGCUUCCUCCACCUGGAGCCAAGCCAAGAGGGUGUUGCAGGAGAUCAAAGAGUUGAGGGACCUGUACAAACAGUUUGAACUGCAGCAGGCGGACUCAAAACCCAAACAGAGCUCACAGUCUCAGUACAGGAAGAGCAUGAUGUGAAGGCAAGCCUUGGGAUUGGGAGGGAGGGACAGGGGAGGGCGGCCAUUUGGUCUUUUUUUUAAUUAUUAUUAUUUACAGUGUUCAAAAGAGUGAAAAGGUGCCUGUUUCACCCAAAUUUGCUUCUCUAAGCUUGAACCCUUCCUUUCCUCCACCGCAUCCCCUGACGAAACAACCCUGUGUUCCAAUAAACUCAGUUACAGUUUAUACCUCCUUUUUUAAAGAGCACCCUUUGCACCACGGGCCCCCAACUUCUGUCAUGCUUGGAGGACGGACGAAAGCACCGUUUCCUAGAAAAUGCCCCUGCAUGCCUGGAGCAGCACGUGCAUAAUGAUGGGGACAGAUGCUCUUGCGCUGUAUAAGCCCUGGCUUUGCUGCUCUAAUGUCUCAGCUGUAUCCUGCAUUACAGCUCCUUGACCAAGAAUCUCGUCUUGUUCCCUCACUGUCCUCUUGGAAAUAAAUGACAGAAAAAAAAGGUGUCCGUCCCAGCCAAUGCUUGGAAGUCCCCAUUAUCUGGGAACUGUCUCGAAGAUGCCUGGAAGUUCAGGCUGACCUGGAGUUUGAUGGAAGUCACCAGAGGCAUUCGCUGGACUGCAGCUAGUGGGGUUCUGUCCUGGCACAGGUCCCUUUUGUGAACUCCUGGGGUCGGCAGCUCUUACUCUUCUGGUACAUAUACAGCCCUCCAGAAGGAGGGCUACAGGUAUGCAAUCCGUGUCCAAACUGAGCCUGUCUGUCCGUUGAUGCUUUACAGAACCCCCUUGGCCCCGUGCAAUGGGAGUUAGCAGCUAAAUGUCUUCCUUUCUGUGCAAAUAGAGGAUCAAAGCCUUGAAUCUAACAGACAGCCCAUACGGGUUGUUUGAGGGGGUUGUUUUCUGGCUUUUCCACUUUCAUUUCUUUUUUUUUUUUCCUUUUCUUUUGAGCUGAGGGCAAAUGGAAAAAUCAGGGUUGUGUACAGGCGACAGCUGGAAACCAAGAGCCAAAAGUAGUUUUGGUGGGUUUGAUUCCGUUCUCUCGUGCGUGCACAGGCUCGGUUUCUACCAGCCAGACUGCAACAGGCAGCCCUUGUUGCUCCCCUAAGAUCAGAAUCAGGCCUACUGAAAUGAAAGCUGAGCCUGUAGAGAGCUCAAAUACCCUCACCUUGGUGAUGCCAAGCACUUUGCUAAGUAGGUGGCUCAGUUUUCACGCCUUUAAACAGAAAGACAAGAAAGGAGGAUGUUAAGAUGUCUCACAGGGCUUAACGUACACUGAUGUGGUAACAUCCAACUGUUACUUUUUUUUAAAAAAAGGAAACCUAAUUCCCUUACCUACAUUGCAAAUAAUCCAUGAAAAUAUUAAAACCAACAGAGUUAUUUCCUGGUCGCAGUUGGUGUUGUCUAUUUUCUUUUAAUGGUUGACCUCCCUUGGAAAGGAGAUUGGUUACUUUCACUUGUGUCUGGUCAGCUUUACCAUUCAGGCUCGUGUUGCUGAUGUAUAGUUGCCAGCACUACAAAGAAAGCAUUUCUGGUUUGUUUUAAUUAGUCCUUCUCCCGCUCUCCUGUUAGAAUUACUGGUGGAGUUAUUACUGUUGGCACUACGUUCCCGAAGAUCUUAUUAUUUACGAACUUAUGUCCCUUCCAACAACCGUUUACUUGUUGCUGACUCCAGCACAGCUCUUUGCCUGCUCUUAAAGGACAGUUUUGAAAAGGCAUCACUCAUUCACCUAAGCUUUUGUCACAGAGCUGCAUGCGACAACUUUCCGGGGUUGUAUUCCAGCAUUUUUAUUCUUUCCAAUGUUUUUUCUUACCUUUUCUAUCACUUGAAGGAUCUGUUUGGAAGCAUCAGAGGAAAACCGGAAUCCCUAAAAGAGAUUAAAAAAGAACGCAUGUGAGCCACUCUGAUAUAACCCUUCCCACUCAGCUCUUUGAUCAAGAGAACAAGAAAAAUAUGCAAAUAUUUUCCAGAUGCAACUUUCAGCAUUAAAAUUAGCCUUGUUUUCAAAAUAAGAACGCUAGUCUAAAAACGUGGAGGUUUGAAUUGCUCUCGAUUGGGAUGGAUAUGUGUUGUGACUGGCCUCCUGGACUGAUGUCAAAAUGUAAGCAUGAAAAUACACCUGAUCCUGACUGUUCAGGGGUCAUUAAAUGGUCUCAAGUCUUUCCCAAGCAACAAGGUAAUACAAGAAUUACAGUGCACAAACAGUGCUCGAGGCAGGGAUGGAACAUUGAGCAGUCACCCGAAACAAGUGACUUUUUUUGUUAGACAGGUAGCCAAGGGCAUCUUUAUUUCACUGCUGCGUCCACAGGAUUAUGGACCUGAAUCCCAUCUGGUAUUACCCGGAGGUCUGGGCACAGCAUUGCCAUCCUUACGUCUCUGCUGUCCAGAGAAAAGGGACGCGUUACACACUUGUCCGAGCUGAGCAGAAACGCGGGACCAGUUCUGCUCUUUGGACCAACCUCUGCAAGCCUUACUUUUUUGUACCUAGAACGAGAUUUGGAGGAAAUGGUGGAGCUGACUUAGGAAGUGAGGAAAAAACUACUUCCAACCUGGGAAGAAUUGCAGUUCUCAUCCUGCCGAAACCCAGGAGGCGAUUUCCUAAUCCGAAAACCUAAAGGGCCAGGCGCGACGCAGCUCUGGGUGCAGCGUUUCUUAGCUGGAGAGCAGAGCGCUGCCCGGGUACCAAGCUGUGGCGCAGCAGCAGGAGCGGCUGCUUUUAUGCCCCCGGCGCCAUACUCUUGCCCUAAAGACGUCCAGCUCUCCCACUCCUCCUGUCUUACCCCAGGCUCUUCUCCGCCCUGCGGGGAACAGAGUGCCUCAGGCUAGCACAAGCACCACAGGGGAUUCCGGACCAUUUUUCAAACACAAGAUCCCACAUCUGAUCCACGCGUUGGCUUCUCCCUCCCUUCUCUCCACCCCAGCUCAGCACUGCUGAGUGGGAUCCUGGGAAGAUUUACUAUUUCCAAAAUUGAUUAGAAACUUUCUUUCAGAAUAUGUUCCCUGUCUGUAGAAAGCAUCAUUUCUGACGGGGCCCAGAGAAAAGGAAUAACUUAGGAAGAAAAAAGCCCGUGAGAUUUCAGAGUAGAAAACAUAUAUUUUUCACUUAGGAAUAUUUUUGUAUUAUACAAAAUGUGAAUUUUUCCUUAAAAAUGUCUCCAAGUCAAAAUAAAAUGCUUUGUUUUACCGACUGCCCCCCUUCAAGAAGCCUGACACUUUUUUCCACAGGCAAUUUCUACAUUGUUUUCAUUCAAAACAAAAUUAAACUCGACUUGUGGAAUUCUUCCUAAGGCAGAAAUGCCAGGCUCCAACCGGGUCUGAAACUUUACCAAGUUGUGAAAACUUCAACCCUGGGCUCAGCCUCUGUGCUGCCGAGCACCGUAUAUUACUGGGUCAUGGCCAAGUAGAGGGUUCUCUGUGUUACUGCGUUAUUAGAUGCUUCACAAGAAUAUCUAUAAACUCAUUGCAACAACAGGAGCCUCUGACUCUAGACAUUGCACAAGUUCAAAGGAUCGAAAUCUCUCUCUCCCUUUCUCCCUUCUCUUUUUAUUCUUUUUUUUUAUUUAUUUAAAAUUUGGCAAAGUCCUCCCCUCUGUCAAUCCCACUUCUGGGAUUAGAGACAAAAAGCCAAUUAUGAGGUAGAAUGGCAUGUGUAUGGAAAACCUGCCAGUCACGUUAGCGCUGCUGUUUCUUCCCUUCUUGAGCACAGCUCCCAAGCGGAGAGCCCACGGGGAAGCUGUGGCUGGGUCCCCCCGUGGGGACCCUUCCCGAGGGCAGGGAGAGGUGGGCUGAGCCCGUUUCCUCCCACCCAGCGGGUGCAAUUCAUCAACAGAUCACACUUAGCGACAGUUUAUUCUCUAUUUAGCCAUAUAAACGGCUAACAAAGGCACUGAACACACAGCGAUUCUCACCCUUAUUUUCUCUAAUUGAACCACAUUCCAAAGGACUAAAUAGAAAUUUUGCUUUUUUUUUUUUUCCAAAAAACCCUACAAACUGCAAUAAUAAAAAUGAUUCAGCUGCAAUUGCAGUGAUUCUCUGUAGUCUCUUCUCAGCACGCCUAUGCCGAGGAAGCCGUUCACACCAGGGAGGGGGGGUGCGGUGGGAACCCCCUUCCUGUCCCGGGGGGUCCUUGCACCAGGGGAUGGGGAGGAAUUUAUGAUGCUGCCAUAAAAAGGGAUCUUCCUUGUGAAUGGAUCUGCAGUCCGUCUAACACCUUUAAGUCAUCGAAGGAAGGGAAUUGCCCUUGAAUUGCUGCUGGAACCUCAGAAAAGGAUUCCAGCAGACUUUUUUGAGAUUUGUGAGGGUUCAGGAGCCUGCUUGAGUUUUAUCACAGAAGUCACUCAAACUGAGAACAUGCCUGAACACUGAAGUGCUUCACAACAGCCGAGAAGGAGAGCCUGCUGUUCUCUAAGGCCCGGCCUGGGGCUGCCUCCUCCCCAGUGCCUCAGGCAUAAUUCCGACUGUCCCAAGGCAGCAAUUCACCCUCACUUCUACCGCAGUCCAGAAAACCAAACACAGAAAAUUUGAGCUUCAGUCCGGCAGGCCUACGAGAAGACUGCGCUUUGCAACUGGGGCAACCGCCUGGUCAUCUCCAAGACAUUAAACUCAAGAGCUGUAGCAGUAAUCUCAGCUUCUGAAUCCUUUGGGAGCAUUGCUGUUCUUGUUAAAAAGCCCCUAAGAAUUGUUCUGGGCACUGGGCAGCAAUUUUUCAGGAAGAUCAGAUGUUAACAUGUGAAUAAAACAAAGUUGAAAAUAAAGAGUUUAUUUAUACCUGGUCCCUACACAACAGGAUGAAGGGCAGAGUCCACCUGGAAGCUGAGAGGUUUUGUAUUUUGCUUUCCUGCCUCUCUGGUGCUUAAACUUUUCCCUCCUGCCUCCUUUCCUCUUGCCGGUCCUGCCCCGGGCUCUCCACAGAGGCAGUGUCCCCAUGGAUGGCCGUGGCUGUGCCGAGAAUAAAUCAGCAGGCAUGGCAGCUUGGCAGGCACACCCCACGCGAGCGUGCGCCUGGGAUGCUUCGCAGCAUAGCAAGGACAAAUUUGCAAGGGGAACAAGCAGUGUCAAACGCGAGCAAAUCAUUUUUAUAAAAGCAGUUGAAGAAUUUGAAGAGCAAGAUCCCUUUCUGCUUCAUGCACCGCAUGCCGGAGCCUGGGGGGGAAUCUCAGAGCUGAAGAAAGCCUGUCCUCCAAGGACUGCGCGUGACACAACCGCAGGAAGGGCAGGCAGAUGGCCCUGGCCGUGCUGAGCACAGCACCGCAGCAGCCACGGGAGCCGUCAGCCCAGCUCUCAAGGGGACAAGCAUCUGCAAGAGGGAGGGGGGUCGGGGCUUAUCCCCCCCCCCCCGAGUCUAUCUGCAGCACCCAUGCUUGGUAUCAUUGAAAGGAGGGGAAUGAAAAGCCUCAAUUCUCUGUAUAUUGAAGAGCUGACACAUAAAUCAGAGUGAGCUGAAUGCCUGAAGUAGUUGGUGCAAGAAGAUCUAUAAAUGUAAAAUAGGAAUUGGUACCAUGGAAGUGCUGACUGUGGUUUGACUUCUGUGUGUGCCUGGGGGAGGCGGGGGCUGCGCUGUCUGCCGAAAACAGAAGUCAGGGACUAAGGUGUUGAGCUGUGGAGAGAACUGAAACUCCCUUUCACAAAGGAAAUUUCCAGACUGCUUUUACUCCAGAAAAUCGUUCCCAAUUUCUCCUUCAGGGACAUUUCCAAAAGCCUUUUAUUUUGAUUUCUGACUUUCUUCCCUUUCAGCUGUCAUCUACAGUAUUAUGCAAACAUUUACAAUGAAAAACAUUAACAAUGAAAUGGCAAAUCCACUCGGAGCGCUGAGCACUUCAGCGCUCUCCGAACUGCUCCCUUCCUCCUCCUCAGUCUUCCCCUGUGAAAUCCACCAGCUGAGCAGCACAUCUGGGUCUCGGGGGAACCCUGGAUUCUCGUGGAACUGGUCCCCUGAACCACCUCCCAGGGCCUUCAGAGAAAAGGAAGACAGCUGCCUCUUUGCUGCUCUCCUUCACACUCUCCAUCAUUCCUGUCUCAGUUUGCCUUUGCAGUUCAGCAGCUCCUGGUUUAGGAAGUUCCUCCUGUCUCGUUCUCUGCUCAGAAGGGUGAUGGGAGAGCAGGAACCAUGUGAUGAACCAGGGGCUCUCACUUUGCGUAACUGCAAGAUGCUCCUCGAGGUCAGGUUUCGUUGAACACCUCUUACAACCCCUUCACAUGCACACACACACGACCUUGCCCCGGCCUCAUCACUGAGAUAUCUGUCAGACAGAGCAGGGUUAUGCUGUGUGGAGACAUCGCCGGCUCCUGAAGGCAGGGUGAUGGCACCCACUGCUCUGCAGCCCAGCACGCUGCUGGGUUCGGCAGCUCCCAGGACAGUUUAGAGCCACAUGGGGCUGGUUUAGAGCCACAGCUGGAACACCAGCCACACUAGCAGAGACAGAGCCACAGGACCCUCACUACCUGCCAGUUCAGCCUGCGCCUCGGUGACAAAAGCCGGACAGACCAUAUCCCUCACGUUAAUGCUGUCGGUGUGCCCAGUGUUCAAGUGUUCAGGGUCUGGGGAAAGCAUGGGGGAUUUUUUAGUUGAGGAACAACUUCAUUUUGGCUUUAUGCCCGAGGGUUUCACUGAGUGCAGAGCACAGCACAGUGGAAAGUGUUUCCUGAUGCACCCCCGCCACAUCCUUGUUUCUCGGGUGUUAAAACUUUGAGCGUUAUUUAAGACUUGCCCAAUCCUUCUUUCUGCACAGCUGUAAUGUACUAAGGAACCUGCCCUUGAUCCAUCUGCGGAAUAUUUUUAAAGAAGCUUGUACCUGCCUACCCGUUUUUUCAAUAGGAAACAACCUCCCUUGAUUCCAUUGUAGGGAAACAGUUCACAGCUCCCCCCCGACCUUCCAAAAAAAUGAAAUGGCAAAAAGCGCCUUUAAAGAAAACUUCCUCCCAACUUAGCUUCCAUAAUUAUCACUUUAUAAGUGGCAGAGAUCCACUGAAGGAGAGGGGACCACAGCCCCUCAUCAGAGACUCUCAGCAGUGCUCUGCUCGCAGGGAUUUGCACCCCAAGCUCCCUGAUGCCGCUUACCACCGUCCAGCGCUGCGGGGAGGAGCGUACCAGCACCGGGCAGGCAGCAAACCAGGCACCGGCUUUUCUCUCCCUCUCCCUCCAUGCCCCAUCUGAUUGCUUCAGCCACGUACUCCUAGAUAACUUGAAGGCUGUGUAUUUCUGGGAAUUCCACCCCUCCUCCACAUCCGAACAGAAGACAUCACCCAUCCACCCUGCCUGCCCCUCCCUACCCACCAAACUGGCACUGAAUUUCAACUGGCACAGCUGGGAAGAAGCCUAGGGCCCCCUAUCCUCCCCUCAGAAUAAAUAAUGAAUGGUUUCCAGAGGACCAGGAGCUAUUUGUAUCUGAGCUGCAGGAACCCACAGCAAACAAAAGGCCCUGGGAAGAACUGAAUGGUGACUAUGAUGUAAAUGAAGCAAAGCUGGGGGCGAUGGGGUGGGAAAAGAGAGGGUUUAGAGACAGUUAUAUGAGUCUUUAAAAAACAAGCAGGCGACAGCCCAGAGGAGUGAGCUCUAGGAGACUCUGCUGAGCUUGUGCAAGGAGCGCAUGUACCCGUUGAAGGAAGGGUGGGAGAGGGAAGGAAGGAACACUGUUCCUGCCAUCGUUACAUCUCUUGUCUGUUAAAGAAGCUGAGCAGAGUGAAGGGGGAGCAGAAAAGCCAGCUGUGCGCUGAGAGGCUGCUCCAAGCGUCCCGGGGCCCAUGCCGGAAUGGUUGAGUCCAGGCUUCUCCUGCUCCAUGAAGCUCCUGGCUCUACCUCCUUCACCAAUUCGUAGAUCUGAGCAAGUGCUUAAGCAUUUGACUGAAUCCGGCUCCUCUAGCAGAGCCUGCCGGUUUGUUCUCCAUGCUGCAAGAGGGCGGGUGUGACACUGAAGUAUCAGGGCUCUGUGUCACAGCCCAGCCCGUCCAAUACCCCAGGCCAAUUCCUGGCCUUCUGGCAAAAGCAAAGGAUCUCAGGGACUCAAGAGUUUUAGUUAUUUGCUGGAAGGUUUGUCCAGGACGUGCUGAUCUGCCAACACAGCCCUCAUCAAAACACCAAAAGCUCCAGCCUGUAAGAAGCAGCUGUUCUGCCAGGCCAGAUAAUGAACAGCCACAAAUGGCCCUCGGCUGCACCAGCUUCCACAGAGCUGCAUUAACUUGUACCAACCAUGAAACCUGCAGGAACCCAUGCAUGAGGACCUGAUCCACACAACUGGCAAGCACCGGUGCUGGGAUCGGGCAGCUGAAGGAUGCUCCGACACUCACAAUCCAUGCUGGGAAGCUUGCAAGGCUGCAGUGGCCCUGCCUACCUGCUGGGAAAUCCCUGCUGUGCACGGUGGUGGAGCUCACUGACCCCGGUGUUCCAUCUCCCAUUUUACUUGGAAAUCCAAAGAUCCUCCACAUUGAGGUUUGAUUCAUCACGCAGCAACAACCAGCUCCAGGAGCGACUGAUCAGAACUUCAAAGCACAAGGAUGCAUAGAUUAGAGAAUGGUUCAAAAUCCAUUUAAUUGGAAUUCUGCGAGAUUACCCUUUAUGUCUGCUUUGCUGUGUGAGAAAGGAACAUUCUCCUCUUUCCCUUUUCUGUAUCCAAUAAUUGAAGGAAUCAAAUCGUUUGCAAGCCAAGACAGUGACCCUGAACUUCAUGAAUACGCAUGUCUAAUGAGCCACUUUGGGUUUAUCCCCUGAUGAGUCAUGGCUCAGAGCAAAACAAGAAUUUUCAAAAAAGCUAGAAGGGAAUGUAAGGGCUUGGGUCGCUCCCUUCUCCGAGAACGCCUACAUGGUUUAGGAACACAAAUGCCACUGAAAGGUCAAUCAGGAAGGCAUUAAUUUUGCCUACCUUUAGCCAUUUAGCUUCCUUCCCCAGAAACGGUGCUUAUCUUGGUAUGAACAAAUCACCCUCUACAGGUAUUGAUUUCUUUCCAUUAACUGUAUGCAAGCCCAAACAGUUAAAAUUUGGAGGAGAUGAUUCCUGUCCAUAAGCAAAACACCAUGUCAUGUCUCUACCCCGUUUAAACUCCUUGGAAAGCCUUGGUUUCCACAUAUAUUGCACAAAGGGGCUUUGAAGGUGCUAUUUUUUGCUGCAACUGCUCAAAAGAAUAUUUACAAACAUGAUACUGAUUUUAUUGUUGCUUGAUCUAUCAGUUCUUUUCCUCUUUGCCUUGUAUUUCAGGUUCUCCUUUCCUCUUCUUAAAAAGGGGAUUUGGGAGGGGGGGAUGGAAUGGGUUGUUGCUUUUGGAAGAUCUGCACUGAUUUUUAUGUAAAUUAAACCUUCCAUAUGUACAGACUCCGGGACAUUGUUCCAGUCUGCUCCAGCUCUGUUUAUUUUGAUUGAU